AUGCCACGCUCGAGUCAGUGCGCACAGCAGCGCCGUGUCUUGCCUAUCUCCGCCCUUUACCUCGCGCCUCGCGUCUUCGGUGGUAAUGACGCGUGGGGUGCUGCCGAUAAUGGUUCAGCCGCUGUUACGCCAAGUGAGCAGAUCGUUGCGGCGAGCACGGCGCUGAAGCGCUCCGGCAAGGGUGGCGACGAAAGCGAGGAAUGCGACGAUAACAAGAAGUUCACCGACGAAUCUGACGAUAAUGUGGGCGAUUCGGACGACGAGGCGUCCGUGGCGUCCACUUUCUCGUGCCUAUCCAGAAACACGUCAACUUCGUCAUUGUCCGAUUCGAUCGCACAGGCGGCUGGGGACAAGCAGUGUGCUACUGACGACUGUGACACGGAAGUUCGUUUGCCCGACGACCUCUACCCGAAGGAAGCGCGUAUAGCAUUUUCGGAUCAAGACAGCACGCAGCGGGCGACGGGGGCGACCAGCGGGUUCCACCAGCUGCAGCCGCCGCAGGCGAGGCUCGUGCUGCGAGAGUCGUGCAUGCAACGGAUCUAUGUGCAGCAGGCGAUGUUCGUCGAGCACCAGCGAAGGAUGCAAUGGCUACAGCAGCAGCACAUGCAGCAACAGCACUUCCAGAGCGAAAUACCCACUCUCCUCGUACCGUUCCACAAUGUUCCUGCCAGCCAGCAAAUGGUGGUGCACGGCACGGUGAAGAGCACGGAGAAUCAAGGAAAACCCCAAGAGCUUGAUAGCUAG